AUGCCAGGCCACUCGACAAACAACGAUGCGACAGUUCUCCAGGUCGCGGGGGUGGUCAGUUUCUAUAUGUGUGCAGCGUUGGUGAUGGUGUUUGUGAACAAGGCCGUGCUGAAUAGCUCGCCAGACAUCCCCCUGAUGUUACUUCUCAUUCAGCUCAUCAUCGCAGUCGUUCUCUUGCACGCAUCAGCCUUGGUAUCGAAGCGGAUUGAAAUCCCUAAACUAGAGCUCGAUGUCGCUAAGAAACUGUUCCCUGUCGUUGCAGUGAACAUUAUCGGUUUGGUGUUCAACACCCUCUGUCUGCGCGACGUAGAGGCAUCCUUCUUCCAGAUUGCCAGAGGCCUUAAUCUUCCUCUCACAAUAUUGGUGUCAAGUAUCGUUACGAGGAGCGUGCCCUCUCAGAAGGUCGUCCUUGCUGCAAUCCUUGUCACAUUCGGAUUCUUGUGCGGCGUCACACCCUCAUCGUCUCUUCCAACUAAAGCCACUCCUUCACUUGUGUCGCUCAUUUAUGGUGUCCUAUCUUCACUUUUCAUUGCAUUCCAUGCCGUCCUCAUCAAGAGUUCCCUACCCUACUGCAACAACUCCGCUAUUCAGCUUGCCUACUGGACCAACCUGGGCUCCGCUAUCAUGAUUCUCCCAUUCGUGCUCUUCCGCGGCGAGCCUGCGAUUUUGCAAUCACUAACGGCAACCGCGGAUUGGAAUAGCAAUGUCUUCCUAUGGGGAACUCUUGUCACGGGCUUCUUUGGUUUCCUGCUCUGUAUCGCCGGUUUGCUCAGCAUCAAAGUCACCAGCCCGAUCACACACAUGUUCUCUAGCGCAGCAAGAUCGGUAUUACAGACUCUCCUUGGGGUCUGGAUUUUCAGCGACAUACUCACAGUCAACCGAGGCGUAUCUAUCAUGAUCAUUCUAGCGGGGACGCUGUUCUUCACUUGGAUUAAACACGUCGAGACAGCCGCAAAGGCUCCACGACGUCCCGCAGACAUUGAAUCCGGCGCUUCGGCAUCAAAGACGGAAUCAGAAGUCGAGACGGUCGUGUGGCAAGCUCCCGAGAAGCUUGAAGAAGAUAAAUAA